AUGAAAGAUAUCUUUCGAAAGUUAGAUAGAUAGGAUUAUAGAUUUAAGGAAUCUCUUAAAUAAGCUCACAAUAGAUUCUAUAAAAGAAUAUUCAAAUACAAAAGAGCUCUUAUUGAAGGUAAUGAAGAAAUCGAAUUUGUAAGCGAGGAAUUAAAAUAGAUAAAAAAGCCUAAAGUUGAAAGAGCCAAAAAAAUGUACAGAGAAUAAGCAUCGAUCAAUGUUGAAGAGCAUAAAUUAUAGACCAGUAGAUUAUUAAAAAAAGAUAAAGUCCCAGAAAAUGCAAAAGAUCACGAUGAAGCAACUAAUAAGCUUAAGCAGAUUUUUGGAUUGAAAUUAAAAAAAGAAACGAAUGACCUGAAAGUUCACUAUCAAUAGCACGAAAGGGAAUUCAUUAAAGGAAAUAACAAUAAUGAAAUGAUAGCAGCAUUAAAACUUGAAUUUAAGGAGGAUAUGAAGUACAAAGUUGGUGAUAUUUAUGAUUAAAACAACUAGAUAGAGUCCCAGGAGGUGAAAGAAUUAUUAAUGCACUAAAAGAUAAUUAAUUAGUUAAUGACUGAAGAUCUCUAUCAAAAUAUGAAGCAAUAUGAGUUUAUUAAGCUUAUUUAAAGUCAGAAAAUUCUCGAUGAUGUCUCUCAUAAGUUAUAUGAGAGGGAUCCAAGGAUAAUUAAAGAUUAAAGUCACUUUAAGUAGUGCUUAAAGUACUCUGACAAGGAUCUAUUUAUGAAAUUCAGAGAUGAAAUAAUUACCUAUGAUCAAUUUUUAUCAAGAAUUGAAGAAAAACGAUUUGGCACGGUUUAUAAAGUUCUUGAUGAUAUGAAGGGAAAAAUCUAAGAUAAAUUUAUAAAAAAAGAGAAAGAUGAUGCCAUCACUCUAAAGGCACUUCAUUAUGUAAAAGAGCGAGGACACAGCAGUAGUUCAAUGAGUUUUCUUGGGGGUAAACAAUGCAUUAGAAGCAUAUUUAAAGAUUAAUCUUAGAGUUAGAAGGAACUUGCAAAAGCUGAGAAAUCUAUUGAUCAUUAGAUGAAUAUGAGACAUAGAAAUGAAGUUAAUCAAAGAAAGUAGGAAUAAGAUGAGUAAAAGUAAAAAUGGGCAAGAGAUAAUUACUAGGAAUCUGCAAAGUAAAUAUAAAAAAUAAGGGCUAAGAGUGAGCUUAACACUAUUUAAAGGUAGCCAAUGGAUAUUUAAAAUGAGAAAACCAAGCAAAUAGAGUAAAAGUUAAGAUCUAAAAAGUUUAAUGAAAGAUUGAAACAAACUCUCAAGUAAAAUUUCGAAUAGUAUAAGAGAGAAUAAUACAACCAAAUACCAGAGUCUAGUGAUCCAGAUAAAAUUUUCUACAAGUAAAAACUAGCUUCAGAUUUAAAUAUAACAGAGUAAAAGAGAGAGAAUACGGGUAAAAAUAACCAAGAUAAUAGAAUCUCACAACAACAAUAAAUCAUAAUGAGGAGAAAAGAAGAGUCUAAAGCCAAAAGAUAGAAAGAAUUGCAAAUGAGGUUUAUAAAUAGGCUAUAAUAAGAUGGUUCGAAUACUGUUUCGGGCCAGACAAGGUAAAUCCUUGAUAGUUUAGAACAUCAUAUUAGCUUAAAAUUACAAGAUUCAGAUCAGAAUAACCAAGAAUCUAUUAUAAGGAGACUUCUAACAUCUACAAAAAUUUCCAUUAAUUAAAAGAACUCUAAUUAAAGUGCCCCUCAAUCCUAAGACUCAGUAUUAUCGACUCAAGUUCCUCACAACUAAAGUCAAGAAAUCAAUGAUUAUGCCAUGAUUUUUUCUCAUAAAAAAAGAAAGAGUGAAGUCAGUCCAAAGAUAAAGGGAAUAAAUCUUUUUAAAAUAAAUAAAAACUCAAUAAUGCAAUCAAAAUUAGAAAGAAGAAAAUCAGAUACAUAGGCAUAUUCAUAUCACGAGCAAGAAAACAAGUCAUCAAUGGAGAAAAGUGAUAGCAAUAAUGUUUCUUAGGAAUUCAAGCAAUGGUAUAUAAAUGCUAUUGGUAGAUACUAAGGUCCUGAUUAAAAGUUCUUUAGUCUCAGAAAAUCAUUAGAGAUGCCUCUUGAAAGAUAAAGGCCUUCUACAUCAGUAGGUGGGGAAAGAGGCUUAAUUGAUGAUAAAUAUUAAAAUCUUAAGUCACUCUCUCAAGCUUAUUCUUUGAAUGUAUCACCAAAGAAUUUGAUUAAUUACAAGCCACUAGAUUACAAAACCAAAGCAAUUAUAUCAAGACUGGCACAGAACUAGGUUAAAUAGCUUGAAAAAGACUAAAAUUAUGAUAGCAUUAAACAUAGUGUACUUGAUGCAUUAUACUAACAAACCUUUCAAGGUCAAACUUCUCUCGGUCAAUAAGAUUUAACUUAAGACUAAGCUCUAAAUCUAGAGGAAGAUAUCGAGGCAUAAUAAAUUGAUCUGAAUAAUAAUCAGGGCAAACCUAAAGUACAAAAAGGGAAACAAAUCAGGAUAAAAGAUGAUAGAAAUAAAAAGAAUGGUCAACAAUUCUCCAAAGAGUUCACCUUUCAAAACAACUUGCUUUGA